UUAUAGUAUAAACAAAGAAGAUAUGUAAACAAGGAGAAGCGAGCCGGACCGGAAUUGAGAGGGGGAAAACUAGGGUUCGAAAAGAAAUAACAAGGGAGCCGAGGCGUAGAUGGAGGCGGCGAUUUAAGUGUUGCUCAUGGACUCAGGGACGAGAUCCGCCGAUCUGGAGAACGGGAUCUGGGGCACCUGGGAGGAGCUACUCCUCGCAUGCGCCGUUAACCGCCAUGGCACCCGCAGUUGGGACUCCAUCGCCAUGGAGAUCCGAACCCGAAGCUCCUUCUCCGAUCUCCUCACACCCCAAAGUUGCCGCCAGCGAUACCUAGAUCUAAAACGUCGCUUCGAAUCCGGCGGCGACGGCAUCAGGGAAACAGCCGACCAACCGGCGGACGUCGCCGGUGGCGGCGGUGAUGGAGGAUCGCCGGCGGAUGUUCCUUGGCUCGAUGAACUCCGGAAGAUACGGAUGGCCGAACUCCGUCGCGAAGUCGACCGAUACGACGUCUCGAUCACAUCUUUGCAAUUAAAGCUGAAGAAUUUGAAAGAGGAGCGAGAGAGGAGCGGAGUCGAUGAGGGAGAACCGGAUCUGAAGGAUAAGGAGACGAAUAAAGACGGCCAGUCGCCAGUACCCGCUACACCAACGUUCGCCAUAGAUCGAAUCUCUGCUGGGGAUUCCGGGGGGUCUUGCAAGGAGUCCAACUCAACCAAUCCGAAGGCUAAGAACGCGAAAACUGGCGGCGGUGGCGAGGGAACGGAGGCAGAGAAGACGAAAGCUGAUGGACAAGAUGAGAUGGAUAUGGAUCGGCCAGCUCGCGAGGCAUCGUGCAACGGGAGCUCGGAGACUCUAUCGAAAGGGUAUGAAACAGCUGAGGCUAUUCCUCCUCCUUUGGGGGAAUCUGGGGAGUCGGUAGCCGGCGAGAAGGAGAGCAGCGACGUUCAGAGCUCGGUGAGCCUAUCGAGACGCCGUCGACGGAGGCUGAGGAAGGCGAUUUCCGGCAGUAGCAGCGUCGCCGAGGAGGUGGAGACUGAUGCCUUCUCACCGGCCGUCGCCGCCGAGGCCAAUCACAUCAUCGCCCCUGAAUCGCAACCGUUGGCUGCCUUCCUCGAGAUCAUCCGAUCGAGCAAGUACGGAUCCGUUUUCUUGAGCCGGCUCGAGGGCCAGGAAAACGCGAGGUACCGGAGCGUCAUUAGGAGACACGUGGACCUGGAGAUCGUGCGUUCGAGGCUGGAGCGGAGGGGAGUUAAGUACUCGAGCGCGGAGUUCUUCCGCGAUCUCCUGCUUUUGUGCAACAAUGCCAUCGUCUUCUUCCGUAAGUCCUCGUCGGAAUCAACAGCUGCAGUUCAUUUACGGCAGAUGGUUUCUAAGGAAAUGGCCGCGAUCUUGCCAAAGCCUGUUCAUCCGACACCGGAGGAGCCUCUGAAGGAGCCCUCACUGCCGAUUCCGAAAAUGGUUACUAAAUUGAAGCUCGAUUCAGAUCUCAACAAUCCGCUUCCGAAGAAGAACCGAUCGUCGGGUUCCCUAAUUGUUUGCCGGAAGCGCAGCUCCAUCUCUAAGGCUGCAGUUGCCGGCGAGGUGGAAGUGGCUGGGAAGGAGGAGAGGGAACAUGAUUCGGAUUCGGGUCAGAAGGAGAGGGAGCGGGAGCGGGACGGUGACAAGCAGAGCGGCAUUGCGAAACCGAAGACAAAGGAGAGAUCAAAGGUAUCGGGAACGAGGGGCUUAAGGACUAACAAAAGCCGCGGCAUACCUGCUGGUUCUGGUUCGAGGACAUCAAAGCCGACUCCUGCAUCGAAACCAAGCCCAAUCGCUGAGGAGAUUCCUGAAGCUCCAACGAAGGUAGAAAAGAAAGCUAUCGCAGCUCCUUCUAACGUGACACCAAAGAAGAAAAAUGCUGCUAGCUUUCUGAAUCGUUUGAAGAGUUCAUCUACCGGAACUCUUCUGAACUCGCUGAAAAGCUCUGGGGGUGGAUCAGGUGGGAAAGGAUCGGAGCAGAAGAGGGGUGCGAAGGGAGAAGGACGGAAGGAGGCGGCCUCGGCACAUGCGGAGUCAGGUCCUCCAACGAAGAGAAGUGUAGGACGGCCACCGAAAAAGACGCCGCCAACACCUAGUCCACCUCCGGCAAAGAGACAGAAGGUGGAAGCUGUGCCGGCGAAACGUUCGGUGCCGCCGCCGCAAAAGAAGCGAGGGAGGAAGUGAAAAGGGUUGGGUGAAAUUCGAUGUAAAUUAUAUCCCUUAGAGGCGAUGUAACAUUAUUUUUUUUUUUUUUGGGGGUCUUUUUAGUUACUUUCAGAAUGAAAUUUAGGGAUUUUAAAUUACAAUUUACAACCAAACCCCACCCUUCUAUUUA